UAUUGACUCAACCUUCAGAACACUCACACCUGGCACCAUCUCAAUUUCCAGUCCCUCAGGUCUCGUGGGGACAACCCAAACCACAGACAUACCGUCUUCUCAUGGCCCAGGCAUGCCUACCACAAGAUCAGCAGCUACCAGCCACCAGCCUACAGACACGCCAGGUUUCACGGCUACAAUGACAAGUGUCACGUCAGCCCCCUAUGUGACACUCAUAUCUGAAACCUUGUCACCUAGUAAAGACAUCCAAACCCUUAUGACGACAAGUCUCACCACAUCAUCUAUGGGUGACACUGUUCCGUGGGGCACCGUGACAGACUUCACCUCAGCCCACGAAGUUCCCAGCAAGCCGACAACACACACCAAUUUCAUCUCAUCUUACUCCACAGCAGAGACCACUGAUACAGUCCUUAACAAAUCUCAUCCCUCUACUUCCAGUGGGCUGCCUACGCUUUUAAGUACCGGAAGUGCUGCUAACACAAGUAUCCUCAGUACAAGUGUUCCAGUCAUGUCUGCAUUCUCUCCAUCCAUCUCCCUUGACAGCUCUGGGGACCCACAGAAGGACAGUGUCCCCUCAGCUCCAACCAUCACCCAUACAGUCCACUUCACAGUUGAGUCCACCACAACACCCACCACCCUCACCACACCUACCACCCCCACAUCCAAAGAGCUUCCUCCUCCUACCUCAGCAGUGACUGGAACAGAUCAACCCACUUUUCCCAGCCUAGCUGUCACAUCCACCGGGAAAACCACACUGAAUCCCACCACAGACUUUCCUACAGAAUCUCUCCUGACAGAAAUCACCACGAUCCCUCUGACCUCUUCUUCAGUUGCCCUCACAGAUGUGUGGCUUUCUGAGCCACCCAGCAUGUCCUCUCCCAUGAGCCCCAAUGUGAUGACAUCAUCCACAAGUAGCAUUCUUUCCCCUACUCCUGCCCCAGACACACCAUCUGUCCCCACCGGCAUGAUGUACACCACCCCUCUGUCUAUCUCAACGACCACCCCCCCGACUAUCCAUGCCACAUCUACAGCAGUGUCUCAGGUCAACACCCCUAGCUUUUCAAUCAACACCAUUGGACCCAACAUAUCAGACAUCACUUCUCCCACAACCACCACACACACACUGACUCCUGACACCUCUGUCACACCCACCUCGACCUCUUGGCCCACCUCAGAAACAUCUAGAACGGAUACCACACACUUGGUCACCACAUCCACCCUGAUGGCUUCUCAUAGCACUCCUGGCCUCACAACCUCAGACAGUCAGUCUACCCACAGGGCACCCACAGCUGCUUCUGCCUCACACCCCACCACCCCAGGUACUAUAGAGACACUCGCCUCUAUACUCUCAUCUUCUCCUAGAGCAGGCAUCUCCACAGUCUCAGCUACAGACCUCCCUUCCUCAUCUACAGGAAACAGCGGUUCAUCUAUUGUGACACCCACCUCACCCCACACACAUCCCAGCAUGUCCACAACCCACACGAGUAUCACCCCGUCUUCCCCUUUUGUCAACAGCACAGCAAUAACAACCCUGCUGAGUACAGCCCACACCACCCCAAGUACAGCAGCUGCUUUUACCAACACUGGAAACACCCAACCACAUUCUCUUCCUGUCAGUGUGUCUGUUCGCACACUCGCCACUUCAAUGGCUGAUGUCAGUUUUGGGAACACACAGACAGAAAGUACAGCGCUGAGCAAUCCCCCUACACUGCACAUGACGGCAAAAUCUACCCCAACGCCUACAAGCACCACAUCUACGGAGCCUCUUUUAACUACUGUCACCCGGAUUCCUGCAACAGACCUCCCUCCAGAGUUUCUCCUGACAGAAAGCACAGCCACGCCCCAGGCAACAUCUCCAGUCACACCCUCAGAUCCACCGACACGCUGGCCCCUGACACUUCUCUCAUGUCUACCUGGCCUUCACUACCCACCUCAGAAGCAGUCAGGAUGUCUACCACACAUUUGGUCACCACGGCAACCCAGAUUCCAUCUCUCAUCACUUCCAGCUCCACAACCUCCAACAUGUACUCCACAGGGAGGAUCUCCACAAGUCCUGCCACUUCUGCUGUGAGGGACACAGUGACUUCAUCUACCGUGGACCUCUCUACCAUUCCAGUGACAGCUCUUGUCACCUCCUCUGCAAGCAACACUGUCCCGCUGGUCACAACAGACAUCCCCCCAACCCACGAAGGUUC